AUGUUUAGGGAUGUUGCAGCAACUGGGGUAGCUGCAUGGACCCCUUCUUCAAAUACACUCUCUCCAACAAUGCCAGAAGAGGGUACUGGUGAUUCAGAUGGUAGCUUCGAAUUUAAGGAUAACCAAUGUGACAUGAGUUUAGACAUUGAUAGUUUACAGCAAGGACAAACUAGUCAAUCACGUAGUUCAGGACAAAAGCGAACUAGUGUAUCAAUACCCUCACAGAAGAAAAAGAAGAAGAUAGGAGGAGCUACAAUGUUGGACGAUCGUAUUAGUCAAUUAAUAACUGUAUGUCAAAAUAGGUCUGAAGGUACUUCUCAAGAGUCACCAAGUUCAAUUGAUAAUGUCAUGACGAUUGUGAGAGUACUUCCUGGAGUGGAAAGUUCGUUCGUGGUUCAAGCUUCUUAUAUCUUACUAAAAAAGUCACGUAGGGAGAUGUUCUUAACUUUCAAGGACCCAGAGUUACAGCUAAAGUGGCUACAAGGAAUGAUUUAUAACCAAAAGAAGUGA